CAAGAAUGUCAAACCAGACAAGACAGAGGCAUGUCCAGCAGGCGACACAUCUGGUAAAACUGAUUUUUCCAAAAUCGACAUUAAUACAAAGGUGUACAUUGACACAGCAUACCAAGCAUCAUCAAACACAAUAAUUGCAGCAAUAAAGUUGUACAUUGAUCAAAACAAUAAGACACACAAGGAUAUGAUUGCCAAACUAAACGAACGUUUAGACUUAUGUUUCAACCAAAUUUAG